AUGAAAACAAGUACUCGAAUUAAUAAUAGAGAGUUUAUUAUAAGGGUUGUUCAACAAAAUCAAAAUAAUAAAAUAAUACCUGGUUAUAUUUGUCAAACUCCUAGUUAUAUUUGUCCUCAAACUGGACAAGAUUCUGGUUAUAUUAAAAAUGAUUCAAGUACUGCUAUUACAAACUUCUAUCGAUUAAUUUUUCCAAAUAGUUGUACAAGAUUCUCAGGUCCUUUAAUAAUGGGAUUAGAUAAUGAUAGUAUUUUAAAAGAAAUAAUUUCAGAUCUAACUUUUCAACCAGUUAUUUUUUCAUUAGGAAAGUUAUGUAUAAUGAUUCAUACAAUUAGUGUUUCUAAACAUAAAGACUGGAAUUGGGCUGGGUCCGGAUAUACUGCUUCGCUUACAUAUGGAAAAGAUAAUUUACUUUACUUACAAGGUUUUGAAUAUGAUAAAUGUUAUAUUCAAGUAUAUAAUAAUGAAGGUUUAUUAAAUACGGUUUAUGGAAAAGACCCAAAUGAUGUAUGGAAAAAUUUUAAUGUUUUGAAAAAUUAUAGUGGAAUACAACUUUACGGGUUAGAGGAAAGUUUGACGGAUAAACUAUUACAACAUGCAAGACAAUUAGUUUGUUUAUCUAAUGAAUGGUCUAAUGAAAGUAAAAUGAGACAAUUAUUUGAUUUUCAUUUACGCAAAAGAACUAUGAGCAAUAUUGAUUGGUAUUCAAUUUUUUGUGAUUGGCAAAAAUCUACUAAUCCAAUUAUUGAGUUACAUUAUAUAUUAGCAAAUAUAUAUCCAGUAAACUAUAUAUUUUCUGAUCGAGAAUUACAUGCCUUGCAUUAUGAGUUUUGGAGUAAAUCUAAAGACUGUACGAAGAAAAAGGAAAUAUUAGCUAUGCUCUAUAACCUUGGAUUCUUACGUAGUAUACUAAUUACAAUGUUUAAUGCAACUGAAACUUUUUGGGAAUGUUUUGCACUAAGUCUGGAUAAUAAUAAAAAAGGAUCUGAUGGAAAGCGUAGAAUUUUAUCUAUAAUAGCCGAUCAGUUUUCAUAUCAAGAAUUACAAAACAAACUUCAA